AUGAUCGCGUCCAAUGUGAGUUGGGGCUGCGCUUGGUGCGCAAACGCCACUGACCGAGCCGGCGCCGGCGCACACGGGUACAAGGCGGAGAACCGGUCCGAGACAGGGGGGGAGCUGAGCCCCACCGGGCAUCUGAUAGUGGCAGUGUGUCUGGGCUUCAUCGGGACGUUCGGGUUCCUAAAUAACGCGCUGGUACUGGUGUUGUUUUGCCGUUUCAAGCUGCUGCGCUCGCCCAUUAACUGCCUCCUGGCGAGCAUCUCGGUGAGCGACCUGCUGGUGUGUGUGCUCGGUACUCCGUUCAGUUUCGCCGCCAGUACGCGCGGACGCUGGCUCAUCGGGGCUGCUGGAUGUGUGUGGUACGGCUUCAUCAACUCCUUCCUCGGUAUCGUAUCCUUGAUCUCGCUGGCGGUGCUGUCCUACGAGCGCUACUGCACCAUGAUGGGAGUCACGCAGGCCGACGCCACCAGCUACCGAAAGGUGAUCAUGGGCAUCACUUUCUCCUGGAUCUACUCCAUGGCCUGGACCGUGCCCCCUCUCUUCGGGUGGAGCCGCUACAGCCCGGAGGGACCGGGUACCACCUGCAGCGUCAACUGGACUGCUAAAACCGCCAACAACAUUUCUUAUAUCAUGUGUCUCUUCUUCUUCUGCCUCAUCCUCCCCUUUCUGGUGAUCGUGUACAGCUAUGGUAAGCUGCUACAAGCCAUCAAGCAGGUAACCAGAAUCAACACGGCGGUGUCUCGGAAGCGGGAGCAGCGGGUGCUUUUCCUGGUGGUCACCAUGGUAGUGUGCUAUUUGCUUUGCUGGCUGCCUUAUGGCAUCAUGGCACUGGUGGCCACGUUCGGGCAGCCCGGCCAGGUCACGCCGGAAGCCAGCAUCGUACCUUCUCUGCUAGCCAAGACCAGCACCGUCAUCAAUCCGGUCAUCUACAUCUUUAUGAACAAACAGUUCUACAGAUGCUUCAGAGCUCUACUGGUGUGCAGCGCCGUGGAUAAAGGCUCGAGCUACAAAUGUUCCUCCAGGGGGACCAAGACUCUCAGGACGGUACGACGCAUCAACGGCCCCAAUGCCACCAUACUGGGGGCGACACCAUGCCCAGCUACUGCCCAGAACCCAGACAGCGAUAAGUUGAAGAGCAGCUCUGAGCCAGAUGGCAGAUCGCCUGGAACUGGAUUAGCACUAGAGACAAUGAAGCCCGUCAUCUCUCUCGUGGCGUACUACAAUGGUUGA